AUGCCGACCCCCAUCGAUCGCGCGGUCCAACAACGUGGCCCUUUCUUCGCUUUUGCCGCAGUCGUCGCUGGUGUAGCAGCAUGGAGCAUCUGGGGACAAGACAUCUUCCCUAGUCAAGACCCUACUGGCGACCCAGAAACAUGGACACAUGAUCAAUGCGUUACCUGGCUCAAGCACAAUACCUUCGUCAAACUGAGGUACAGCCUGUUGGUCGUCUUCAUGUUAACGCCAUGGCAGAGAAACCUACAUCCCUCUCCCGUUGCAACAACCGCUGAGCUACUGGAGCGGAUCAAGGCGAAUAUGAGGGUCGCUAGAGAACGAACACCAGGUCAAUAG